CCGAGUCUAAUCGCUGCGUCUAGGACAAAAGUGAUCACAAAAAAGCGACGCCAGGCGUGACACGAUCGGCAGAAACGCGUAGAAGCAACGCUGCAAGCGUCGGCGACCGCGCGUCCACAACCUGCCAGUGAGCAGCAGACCCAGCCAGUGCACGGCAGCGGUGUCCGGCGUGCUCGCACGCCGUCGCUACGGCGCUAACGACACGCGCAGCAAAAUCCAGUACGCACCACCGACGUAUCCGAGCCAUGCGCAAAGCGCUCGCCGCGCUCGUCGCCGUCGCCCGCGCCGCGCUCGACCCGCUCUUACCGGCGGCGAGCCCCUGGACGCUGUCGACAAGACGACGGUGGACGCUCUCGAGGGCGACGCGGCGCCUCGUCUUCGAGGAGAAUGGAUGUUGCUGGUUCGACGACGACCAGAACGAAGAGGGCACCUGGGAAGUGAGGGGCGACGCCGUGUCGUUCACGACGGAAUGCGCCCAGAACGUGACGAGGCACUACCACUGCCUGCUACACCGGAACCACGGGCUGGACGGAACUUCCGGCCGGCCGCGCCUCGUCCGCGGCGUCACGGCGCGCGACCGCGCGGGCAGGGCGCGGCUCUUCCGGCCCGUUAUCGGCGCGUUCUCGGCCGACGCCGACGACUACGACCGGCGCGGCGAGGCGUAUGAGGAAGACGACAAGGCUUUGCUCGACGCCGACGGGGCGCCGCCGCGGUGAGUGGCGAUGUUGUGUAAUUCGUGUUCGUG